ACUCUCUGCCAUGAUCAAGGUUUGAUGCUCGUUGGGAACCACCUCUUUGCACUUGCUUGCCAGCGGGAGAUAUUUCUGCUCGUCUGGGAGGGAUUGUAAUUAGUCUCGAAAAUGACCUCGUUAACCCUCUCCUUCUGCCAACGGGGUUGGAGAUCUCUGGUCUCCUCUGUGUUGUUUUAUAGCCAUUCGUUUCAAUGGUCACAUGGCCAAGACUGAUGUCAGCGCAACAGAUCAGCAGGACACAGAAGAGCCCCAUGUGAGAAACAUCCCGCUAGACUGAAUUUUCGUAUCCGGUGUACAUGCUCUUGGUAUUCUCUCUUCUUUUUACUCUACUUCUUAUCAAAGCUGUAACUCUUUGUUCAUAUAACUG